AAUGCUUUGCUCCACAAACAAAAAGGUAAUGGUGCCCGGUCGUCCGGAAAAUGUGAGAGUAACGAAGGUUGAAGGAAACAAAGUAACAUUAGGCUGGAAGGCACCUCAAUACAAUGGAACAUCGAUUGAACAUUACGAAAUCCAGUAUGUCAAUGAAAGUGAUCCUGACGGAAGACUAUACUCACUAAAAGCUGAAGAUUUGGAAAUAGAAAUAAAUGAUUUGGAGUAUGAUACUCAAUAUACAUUUAAAGUGAGGGCCAAUACAUCAUUAGGCUGGGGGCAGUUUAGCACCAAGGUGUCCGUUCGAACUGUUCAAAAAGCAGAAGGUCCUCUAAAUGGAGCGGAUGGAAGUGUUUCUAAUGGCGAAACUGGAAUUAUUGCGGGAUCUGCAGUCGCCGUAUUGUUGCUCCUGGUUAUGCUGGCGGUUAUGAUCGCUAUUUUCCUGAGACGGUAA